UCUUUUUAAAAUCUACCAAACCCUACUUCGCCUCUUCAAAUUUCUCUCUCCCUCUCAAUUCCUCCUUCCUUCCCUCCAUCUCUCUCUUCCGUCCGCGCGCUCUCCGGCCAAAAUGUCGUCGUCGACGCGCAGCCGGAAGUCGAAGAAGCUUCUCGAAUCCACUCCGGCGGCGUCCAUAGAAUCAGAAGCCGACGAGGGAUGUCAGAUUCCGGCAGGAUCGUCGGACGGAAAGGGAUCGAAGUCUUCGAAGAAGACAAAGCGAUCGGAGGGGGAAAAGGAGCUGAUGACAGAGAAAACUCCAGCUCCGAAGAGGGCGAAGAAGAAGGAGGUCGAUUCCGAGUGCUAUUUCGUCGGAGAGCCCAUUCCGGCGUUGGAAGCGAGGAAAAGAUGGCCGGAAAGAUAUGAAAAGAAGAACCGAGCUACAACUCCGUCCAAAAGCAAUGAAGAGGAAGAGGUGGUUUUGACAGCGAGAUGCCAUUACUCUCAAGCGCACGUCGAUGGCUGCAUUUAUAAUCUAAACGAUUGUGCCUUUGUUAAGGCUGGAGAUGGGGAGCCUGAUUACAUUGGCAGGAUUGUAGAAUUCUUUGAAACUCCGAGCCAUGAACUGCAUUUCACAGCCCAAUGGUUUUACAAACCCGAAGACACUGCCAUCAAAGCCAAGGAAGGUCAUGAUAGGAAGCGCGUUUUCAUUUCGGAGCUGAAAGAUCCCAAUUCCCUUGACUGCAUUGUUUCAAAAAUUAAUAUUGUUCGAGUAUCUCCUACUAUGGAUUUGGAGGAGAAAAAAAAGAUAAUUGCGUCAUGUGAUUUUUAUUAUGACAUGUCGUACUCGAUUGGGUAUUCCACGUUUGCGAAAUUACCAACUGAAAAUGAAAGGGCGGGCAGCGAGACAUCUUCAACUAUUUCAAGUGAGGCUGCUGCUGAUGGUGCAACCAGUGGUGUGAAAUCUGAUUCUGAGGAAUCUUCCUAUUGCUGUGGAUCUCAAAAGUCUGAGAUGACAUUGUUGGAUCUAUAUUCUGGUUGUGGGGGAAUGUCCACUGGUCUCUGUCUUGGAGCAAAUCUUGCUGGUGUAAACCUUGUCACUAGGUGGGCUGUUGAUCUGAAUGAGUUUGCCUGCAAAAGCCUUAAACACAACCACCCGGAGACUGAGGUGAGGAAUGAAUCAGCAGAUGAUUUUUUGACUUUGUUAAAGGAGUGGGAGAAACUAUGCAAGAAAUUCUCUUUGUUGGGAACGAAGAAGACACAAAGACAAAAUAUGGUGAAUGGCAACGAUGAAGAUGAGGAAGAGGGUGAAGAUGUGACAAAGGUUCCUGGAGAAUUUGAAGUGGAGAAGUUUGUUGGCAUCUGUUUUGGUCCAACAGAUAAUGUUGACAAACCUGGGCUCAAGUUCAAGGUGCGUUGGAAAGGUUAUGGGUCUAGUGAAGACACAUGGGAGCCUAUUGAAGGUCUAAGUAAAUGUCAGGAGAGAAUAAAGGAAUUCGUAACGAGAGGGUAUAGGUCCAGUAUCUUACCUCUUCCUGGUGAUGUUGAUGUAAUCUGUGGAGGACCACCGUGUCAGGGUAUUAGUGGAUUUAAUAGGUUUAGAAAUACCAACGCACCCUUAGAGGACCCUAAGAACAGGCAGAUGGUAGUUUACAUGGAUAUUGUGGACUACUUGAAGCCAAAGUAUGUGUUGAUGGAAAAUGUGGUGGACAUACUGAAAUUUGCUGGUGGUUUUCUUGGACGAUAUGCUGUGAGCCGUCUUGUAUCCAUGAGCUAUCAAGCGAGGUUGGGCAUUAUGGCUGCUGGUUGUUUUGGCCUACCACAGUUCCGCUUGCGUGUUUUCUUGUGGGGUGCUUGUCCUUCUGAGAAGUUACCUCAAUAUCCCCUUCCAACGCAUGAUGUGGUGGUGCGUGGCAAUGUUCCUGUUGAAUUUGAGCGGUCCGUAGUUGCUUUUGAUGAGGAUCAACCACGAGAGCUUGAGAAGGCUCUACUCCUUGGGGAUGCAAUCUCUGACCUACCUCCAGUUACAAAUCAUGAGGGUCGAGAUGAGAUGCAAUAUGGGAAGGAUCCAACCACUGAGUUCCAACAGUAUAUAAGACUACAAAGGCAUGAGCUAGGUGAUUCAUUCACCCGAGGUCCAAAGAGCUCCGAAAAGACAAUGCUGUUCGAUCACCGCCCACUUCAGCUCAAUGAAGACGAUUUCCAACGAGUAUGCCAGAUACCAAAGAGAAAGGGUGCGAAUUUUCGGCACCUUCCAGGAGUUCGAGUCCGUGAGGACAAUGCUGUGGAAUGGGAUGAAAGCGUUGAGAGAGUAUACCUGCCCUCUGGAAAACCUCUGGUCCCUGAUUAUGCAAUGAGUUUUGUGAGAGGGAAGUCCUCAAAGCCAUUUGGUCGGCUAUGGUAUGAUGAGACGGUGCCUACUGUUGUGACGAGGGCGGAGCCUCAUAACCAGACGAUCUUGCAUCCAAAUCAAGAUAGAGUUCUGUCUAUCCGUGAGAAUGCAAGGCUGCAGGGAUUUCCUGAUUAUUACAAGUUGUUUGGGCCAGUCAAAGAGAGAUACAUUCAAGUUGGAAAUGCUGUUGCUGUCCCCGUUGCACGAGCUCUGGGAUAUGCAUUGGGUUGUGCGUCCCGCAGAAUGGGCGGUGAUGAGCCACUGAUGGAGCUCCCGCGGAAGUUCCCCCAGUGUCUCCAGAAAGUCUCGUCUCCUACAGCACAGAUCGAAGCAGAGGAUGUUGUUGUGUAGUUGGCUAUCAGAAUUUGUUAUUAAGCUGCUCUUGUAUGCUUAUAGAGAGCGUACAGCAGUGAUUUAUUCAAACUCUAAUUGUUGUUUGUGUUUUGAACUGAUUAUGAUUCAAGCUGAUGGCUCAUGGCGAACAUGUAUUUUAGCUCACGUAAUUCAUUGUCAGUUGUAUUUCGGGUGGAAGAUGUGCGCUGUUGUUAAAUGCAAGAAGAGAGUCUGAAAUCCUCUCUUUUUUCUUAGUUUUCUUGUUUAGAAAUGUUUGGUUUCUUUGGUGGGCCA